AGCUCUUCUGAAAACAAAAUAAUAGGUCUUUUGGAUGUCUGAGGAUUUGACUGAGGAGCGUAUUAACAGAGGGCUGAGUAUAUAAGUUAUCAGUCUAUCUGUGUAUUCUUAGAGGGACCUACGGCUACUUUCUUGUUCAGCCCGCUCAAUUUGGACAAAGAGCGCAGCUAAACUAGCUUAAUAACGAUGGUAUCAUUGUGUAAUGUCAAUCAAAUUGAACGUUAAUAGGAAGAACAGAACACAAAGUAACCAGAGUCACGGUGCACUUCUCUGCCACCAUGGACCCACUUAAUACUUUGUCCAACUUUGAGUCCGAGAUGGAGACUGAUGGGCAAGGCAGUUAUUCUUUAUUCCCAGCCUUGGACAACAUGACGAGCCUGUCGGGCACUUCUGAAACUCUCGAGACUGAGCCACCCAGUGAUGUCACAGAUAAGCCAAACCUCACCUGGCUUGAUGCUGCCCAGAUUGUACUCGAGGAGGCCGGGCGUCCUAUGCACAUCAAAGAGAUCAAACAGAGGAUCAUUGAUCGUGGACUGGUGCAAUCUAAUGCGAAAUCAAGCCUUGAGGCUGUAAUGUACCGUGAGACACAGAAAGGAAGCAGACGCUUCAAGAGGGUUGAGAACAGAAAUGGAGUGUUUGCUCUGUUGACAGAUGAGGAGAGGCAGCAAGCGCUGCAGGCUUUCUCUGCCCAGACUGCCUUCUCCAGCUCUGGCUCGGGCUCUUCACUGGCCCCCUUGCCCUCACCUUCCAGUCUCCCUGACCCCAAGCCCAAAGCAAAGAAAGCCCCCCGCAAGAACCAGAAUGAGAAAUACCGGCUAAAGUACCUGAGACUGCGAAAGGCUGCACGGGCGAUGAUAUUUGAGAAUGCAGCACUGUGUGAUGAGAUUGCUCACUUGGAGGAGAAGUUUGUCAGAGCAAAAGAGGAGAGGAGGUUUCUUCUGAAGUCUCUGCUGCAGUACCAGUCCCUGUCAGAGGGGGAGCUCCCAACCCCCAGUGGCAGUUCCCAUACACCGGUCGCAUUAAACUCUGGCGGGACCCCUGUGCUUCCUGGUGCCCACAGCCUGGGGCCUGGGGCUGUUGGUACUGAAGAGGGAUUCAUAAAGAAGCCCAAAAAAGAACGGAAGGAAAGAGGAAGAGAAAAUGGAAAAGAGGAAGUUCCUAAAAAGAUAUCAAAGAAAAGGAAAGUAGCAGAUGGCGGAGCCCGUAAGCUUGUGCAGCCAAUCCCGUUGGACUCCUCCGGACGACCUGUCUUCCCCAUUGUACUGGGUGGGCUAACCAUCUACAGCCUGGGAGAGAUCAUCACAGACAGACCUCAUUUUCACGACGAGAGUGCUAUCUACCCUGUGGGCUUCUGCAGCACACGCAUGUUCGCCAGCAUGAAGAAUCCUGACCAACAAUGUCUUUAUACCUGUCAAAUUAAAGACGGAGGUCAAGGGCCACAGUUUGAGAUUGUGCCUGAAGAGGACCCUCAGAAUGCCAUUGUUGCCUCGUCUGCGUUAACCUGCCAUGCCAACCUGCUGAAGGCCAUCGCUGCCAUGAGGGGAAAACCUUUGAGCCACAUUGUGCCGUCUGGAGCAGAUUUCUUUGGUUUCUCCCACCCCACCAUUCAGAACCUGAUCCAAAGUUGUCCUGGGGCUCGCAAGUGUAGCAAUUAUCACUGGGUGCGUUUUGAGGUGUGUCGCCCUGGUGACGGCCAAGUGCCACAUGGUCUGUCAGAGGACGACGCGUCGGUGAACUUUGAGGCGUUCCUGCGACACCAGGGCAACGAGGAAAACCCGACCCCAGAACAGACCGGUACAGGUCGACCUGCUCAAGUCCCUGUUUCAUCACAUCAGCACCUGCUGAGCACUGUCACUCUGGCAGCACAACCUGCAGUGGGCACUGCCCUUUCUACCACCUGAGCCAAACCCUGGCCUGGAUGAACCCUCGAGGGGAUGUGAGAGUGUUUUGGUAGUGAUCUGUGAUUAGAAACUUGUUUGUGUUUUGCUUUGACGGGAUCAAGAGAACACCUAAUUGCAUAUGGCUUGUCAGAAAAACGCUGACAAACCGUGAGUAAUUAACAAUAGUUGUCAUUGCCAGCUUGUGGUCUGUCCAGGUGUCUCCGUGAUGAUUUAGCUUCUACAGUUACAGAACAAAGAAAACAAAAACUUGAAAUUUUUUUCACUAAGACCAAGAAAUGUUCUCACUUUUCACAGUAUAAGGACAUUUUGAACUCGUUACGUUUGUGAAAAUGUGAAUU